AUGGCCAGCCUGCCUCGCAAAAGGGUGACGCCAGCUCGACCCUUCUUACACACCGGCGUCGACUACGCCGGCCUUAUUUUGCUGCGAACCACAAAAGGAAGAGGCCAUCGAGCGUACAAGGCUUUCAUCUCCGUAUUCAUCUGCCUUUCAACAAGGGCCGUGCAUCUGGAGGUCGUAUCGGACUAUACGGCGGAGGCCUUCUUGGCGGCAUUGCGUCAUUUCACCUCUCGUCGCGGAUUGUGCCAAACCAUCCACAGUGACUGCGGGACGACGUUCGUGGGAGCUGACACACAGCUACGGGCCUUCUUCGCUGCCAGCAGUCCCGAACAACGGGCGAUAGUCAGGCAGCUCGCCGCCGAUAGAAUUACAUGGCUUUUCAACCCACCUUCAGCGCCUCAUUUCGGUGGAAUAUGGGAGGCUGCCGUCAAGUCUCUCAAGCAUCAUUUGAGGCGGGUGUUGGGAGAUGCAACCCUGAUCUACGAGGAGAUGAGCACUCUCCUCGCUCAGGUAGAAGCGUGCUUUAAUUCACGACCUCUUCAGGCUCUUUCAGAUGAUCCGAAAGACCUCUCCGCUCUCACGCCAGGCCACUUCCUCGUGGGAUCGGCUCUGACCGCCAUACCUGAACCUUCCAUGCUGGACAAGCCGAUGAACCAGCUGGCUCGUUGGGCCGAUUAUGCCUCAUCCGAAACGAAAACCUGCCACCAACGAAAUGGCCCUUGGCACGCAUCAUUCGGAUCCAUCCCGGAGAAGACGGUCAAAUUCGUGUUGUGA